GCCGGGGACAGCUCGAGAUACAAGAAGCCUCAACAACCACUUCCUUGCCCUUGGCUUUCUUGGGAUAUCCCGUUACACUUCAAUUCAUCUCCCAAACGAGGCCUAUCUGCAUACCUGCUCGGUAUCGCCUGGAACUCAAUCCGUCGGCCUCCUCAAUUCCCCUCCAUUUUACCAGUCCUUUUCUGCCUUUAAGUAGCCCAGAAACAGGAAAUACAGAAUGUACAAGGCCCAGAAGUUCGCUCUCGGCCUGCUCGCCGCGGCGGCAGUUGCCACGGCUUCGGAUGUUGUCCAGCUGAAGAAGGACACCUUCGACGACUUCAUCAAGUCCAACGACCUUGUCCUCGCUGAGUUCUUUGCCCCGUGGUGUGGUCACUGCAAGGCGCUCGCUCCCGAGUACGAAGAAGCUGCGACCUCGCUCAAGGAGAAGAACAUCAAGCUCGUCAAGGUCGACUGCACAGAAGAGACCGAGCUCUGCCAACAGCAUGGCGUUGAGGGCUACCCGACCCUGAAGGUCUUCCGCGGCCUCGACAACGUCGCCCCCUACAAGGGCCAGCGCAAGGCUGCUGCCAUCACCUCCUACAUGGUCAAGCAGUCGCUGCCCGCCGUCUCUGAGGUUACCAAGGACACCCUCGAGGAGUUCAAGAAGGCCGACAAGGUUGUUAUCGUGGCCUACGUUGAUGCCGAUGAUAAGACGUCCAGCGAAGUCUUCACCAAGACCGCGGAGAAGCUCCGUGACAACUACCCCUUCGGUCUCAGCACCGACGCUGCCCUGGCCGAGGCCGAGGGCGUCAAGGCUCCCGCCAUCGUCCUCUACAAGGACUUUGAUGAGGGCAAGGCUGUCUUCACCGAGAAAUUCGACCUUGAGGAGAUUGAGAAGUUUGCCAAGACCGCGGCCACCCCGCUCAUUGGCGAGAUUGGCCCCGAGACCUACUCGGACUACAUGUCGGCUGGCAUCCCCCUCGCCUACAUCUUCGCCGAGACGGCCGAGGAGCGCAAGGAGAUCAGCGAGAAGCUCAAGCCCAUCGCUGAGGCCCAGCGUGGUGUCAUCAACUUCGGUACCAUUGACGCCAAGGCGUUCGGUGCCCACGCUGGCAACCUGAACCUGAAGACGGACAAGUUCCCCGCUUUCGCCAUUCAGGAGACCACUAAGAACCAGAAGUUCCCCUUUGACCAGGACAAGGAGAUCACGUUCGAGUCCAUCAAGGCUUUCGUUGACGACUUUGUUGCCGGCAAGAUCGAGCCCAGCAUCAAGUCGGAGCCCAUCCCGGAGAAGCAGGAGGGCCCCGUGACCGUUGUCGUCGCCAAGAGCUACAACGACAUUGUCCUUGACGACACCAAGGAUGUCCUGAUUGAGUUCUACGCCCCGUGGUGCGGUCACUGCAAGGCUCUGGCUCCCAAGUACGAGAAGCUCGGCUCUCUGUAUGCCGCCAGCGAGUUCAAGGACAAGGUCGUCAUCGCCAAGGUUGAUGCCACUGCCAACGACGUCCCCGAUGAGAUCCAGGGCUUCCCUACCAUCAAGCUCUACCCCGCUGGUGACAAGGCCAACCCCGUCACCUACUCUGGCUCUCGCACUGUCGAGGACCUCAUCAAGUUCGUUGCCGAGAACGGCAAGUACAAGGCCAGCAUCUCCGAGGAGCCUGAGGAGAAGACUUCUUCGUCGUCGGCCGCCAGCGAGUCUGCUAGCGCCAGCGAGACCAAGUCGGAGGAGGCUAAGGAGACGGACCACGACGAGCUCUAAAGGGUCAUGUCUAGGUGUGUAUUUAUAAAAAUGCUUUUUGGGUUUUUUUUUCAUUAGGUCUCGUGGGCACAUGGAAUGAAGCCCGGGAAAUAUGGAAUUGGGUUUGCCAGACGGGUAUUUGUCUAAUGAAGUCUCUUACGAACGCCGCCUGCCCAGGACACACAGGUCCUG